AUGCACUUUUCCAUUCCUGAAACCGAGUCCCGCAGCGGGGACAGCGGCGGCUCCGCCUACGUGGCCUAUAACAUUCACGUGAAUGGAGUCCUGCACUGUCGGGUGCGCUACAGCCAACUCCUGGGGCUGCACGAGCAGCUUCGGAAGGAGUAUGGGGCCAAUGUACUUCCUGCAUUUCCCCCAAAGAAGCUCUUCUCUUUGACACCUGCUGAGGUAGAACAGAGGCGAGAGCAGUUAGAGAAGUACAUGCAAGCUGUUCGGCAAGACCCACUGCUUGGGAGCAGUGAGACCUUCAAUAGUUUCCUGCGUCGAGCACAACAGGAGACUCAGCAGGUCCCCACAGAAGAGGUCUCCUUGGAAGUGCUGCUCAGCAACGGGCAGAAAGUUCUGGUUAAUGUGCUAACUUCAGAUCAGACUGAAGAUGUCCUGGAGGCUGUGGCUGCAAAGCUGGAUCUUCCAGAUGACUUGAUCGGAUACUUUAGUCUCUUUCUAGUUCGAGAAAAAGAGGAUGGAGCCUUUUCUUUUGUACGGAAGUUGCAAGAGUUCGAGCUGCCUUAUGUGUCAGUUACCAGUCUUCGGAGUCAAGAGUAUAAGAUUGUGCUGAGAAAGAGUUACUGGGACUCUGCCUAUGAUGAUGAUGUCAUGGAGAACCGGGUUGGCCUGAACCUGCUUUAUGCUCAGACGGUAUCAGACAUUGAGCGUGGGUGGAUCCUGGUGACCAAGGAGCAGCACCGGCAACUCAAAUCACUGCAAGAGAAGGUCUCCAAGAAGGAGUUCCUGCGGCUGGCUCAGACGCUGCGGCACUAUGGCUACUUGCGCUUCGAUGCCUGUGUGGCUGACUUCCCAGAGAAGGACUGUCCAGUAGUGGUGAGCGCAGGCAACAGCGAGCUCAGCCUCCAGCUCCGCCUGCCCGGCCAGCAACUCCGCGAAGGCUCCUUCCGGGUCACCCGCAUGCGGUGCUGGCGGGUCACCUCCUCUGUGCCAUUGCCCAGCGGAGGCACAAGCAGCCCGGGCCGGGGCCGGGGCGAGGUGCGCCUGGAACUGGCUUUUGAAUACCUCAUGAGCAAGGACCGGCUCCAGUGGGUCACCAUCACCAGCCCCCAGGCUAUCAUGAUGAGCAUCUGUUUGCAGUCCAUGGUAGAUGAGCUGAUGGUGAAGAAAUCCGGCGGCAGUAUCAGAAAAAUGCUGCGCCGGCGGGUCGGGGGCACCCUGAGACGCUCAGACAGCCAGCAAGCAGUGAAAUCCCCACCACUGCUUGAAUCACCUGAUGCCAGCCGGGAGUCCAUGGUCAAACUCUCAAGCAAGCUGAGUGCCGUGAGCUUGCGGGGAAUUGGCAGUCCCAGCACAGAUGCCAGUGCCAGCGAUGUCCAUGGCAAUUUCGCUUUCGAGGGCAUUGGAGAUGAGGAUCUGUGA